GCUGCGCCAGCUGAGGUGUGAGCAGCUGCCUAAGUCAGUUCCUUGUGGAGCCAGAGCUGGGCGCGGAUUCGCCGAGGCACCGAGGCACUCAAAGGAGGGUGACGCGCAGCCGGAGUGGAAGCAGAGUUUUGGCGGGCGAGCAGCGCCUUGCAGGAAACUGACUCAUCACUACUCCCUCCAGCGGUCCGAGGCUCUGCCCACGCACCUCCCACCCCGCGCGUGAUUUCCUGGAGGCCGGCGCCCCCUCCCGGCCCUGGCGGGAAUAGCACACAGGCUUUCCCGCGGAGUGGGGCUGGUCCGCGCGAACCGCCGCGGCUACUCCUGGGCUCAUCCGAGAUCAACCCCUGUGCCAUUACCAUCCCUUCAAAGGAGCACUCCUUAGGCUCAACAGUAUUUACUGAGCUCUUACUGGAAAUUAAAAUAUGACUGAAGUCUAAGGCAGGAAGGCCAAUAAAGGAGGCUAUUUUUAAUUGUUGCUAAAACAAGGGUUUGCGUUUCUGAGUUUUCUUUGGGCUGAAAGUUAUUAUGAGCAUGAGAGCAGAUUUUGAUGGGGGAGGAGAGGCCUAUGAGAGACAUAAGAGAAGGAGGGGUGGUAGAAGAGGAGAGGGUGCCUGCUUAGAUCCUAGUCCUGUCUUGAGCUCCCGGGAGCCAGGGAAUAUCCAGCUCUUUGAUGAAGCCCUAGGCGGGCUCCUCCUCCUUGUGCCUAUGAUGUAUUGAGACCCAGAAUGUCCAUUUCAAACACACCAGUGUGUCCCCGCUUGGCUGGCACCCCAGGAGUGCCCAUCUGAGGAACUGUGCCAAACACUUGCUUGAAUCUUCAAUUUGGAUUAAGUUGUUCUCAGGAGGCAGGGCCUCAGAAAUCUAUAUUUUGAAAAAACUCCCUAGGUGCUUUUUUCUUUCUUUCUUUCUUUUUUUUUUUUUCUUUGAGACAGAGUCUCACUCUGUCACCCAGGCUGGAGUGCAAUGGCACCAACCUGGACUCAAGCAGUCCUCCUGUUUCAGCCUCCCAAGUAACCGGGACCACAGGCGUGAUCCCCCCGCCCCCAUGCCCAGAUUUUUUUUUUUUUUUUUUUUUUUUUUUUGAGACGCCGUCUUGCUCUGUCGCCCAGGCUGGAGUGCAGUGGCGCGACCUCCGCCUCCUGGGUUCAAGCAAUUCUCCUGCCUCAGCCUCCUGAGUAGCUGGGGCUACAGGUGUGCACCACCAUGCCUGGCUAAUUUUUGGAAUUUUAGUAGAGAUGGGGUUUUGCCAUGUUGGCUAGGCUGGUCUUGAACUCCUGACCUCAGAUGAACUCCUGACCUCAGGUCUUGAACUCCUGCCCACCUUGGCCUCCCAGAGUGCUGGGAUUACAGACGUGAGACACUGCACCCAACCACCCAGCUAAUUUUUAUUUAUUUUUAUUUUUAGUAGAGACGGGGUCUCAGCUAGUUGCCCAGGCUAGUCUUGAACCCUUCGGCUCAAAUGAUUCUCCCACCUCUGCCUCCCAGAGUGUUAGGAUUAUAGGCAUGAGCCACUGCCCCUGGCCUCCCCAAGUGAUUGUGAUGGGCCUCUCUGGUUAAGAAACCUCAAAAUUAGAGAGGGAGUGGGGUUCAAUACUAGAGCACAGGAUUCAGGGCAAACAGGCCUGGGUUCAGAUCCUGGCUGUGCCGCUUGUGAACUGUGUGAUGUUGGGCAAGUUACUUAUCUGAGCCUUGGUUGCCUCUUCUGUAAAAAGGGAGCUAACAGAUAUCCACUUUUUAGGAGGAUUGAUAUUUUUAAACUGCUUAGAACAGCUCCCAAACAUAAAAAUAUAUGAAUAAAUCCCAACUCAUGCCUAGCAGAGGGUGGACAGAGGUUAUUUGAGGGCUCUGUCCACUGUACUGCGUGACCCCUUUAUGGGGCAGUGGCCUUUGGCCUUUUUAGCUAUAUGACUUAGGGGCAAGUCUCAUAUCUCUUCCAUCUCCUGCCCUUUAAACUUGGUGUGAAGUUACCAAGAGCCUCCUCUCCCAACCAGCUGGGACGUGAAACUGUGGGCUCCACUGAUCACAAGCAGUGGGGUGAGGUGGGGUGGAGCAGAUGUGGCAUGUGUCCCGGGCUUCCUGCCUCAGGAGGACUCAGCAGACCUUUCACCCCCAGAGCCUGCAAGUUGGGACUUGUCCCUAGGAAAACCCAGUUGCUGCCAAGGUCGUGCAGUCACUCAGCCCUGGAGUCAAGCCAGAGCAGGCAGGUUCCUUGGACACAGGCAACACGAGGCAGGGGCUGCCAGGUGUCUAGACUUCAGAUCACCUGAUGUGCCUGGCAGGAUGUGGCUCAGCCUGGGAGAAAUCAUCCCUUGUGCUGCCCCGCCCGGCCCCUCCUUACCCCUAGGCCACCCGCCUGACGACAUCCUUGGGAAAGGCCCUCAGCCUACAGCACCUGUCAGCUGCUGUCUGAAGGAGGCGCCAUGUCAGAACCAGCUGGGGAUGUCCGUCCGAACCCAUGCGGCAGCAAGGCCUGCCGCCGCCUCUUCGGCCCAGUGGACAGCGAGCAGCUGAGCCGCGACUGUGAUGCGCUAAUGGCGGGCUGCAUCCAGGAGGCUCGUGAGCGAUGGAACUUCGACUUUGUCACCGAGACACCAUUGGAGGGUGACUUCGUCUGGGAGCGUGUGCGGGGCCUUGGCCUGCCCAAGCUCUACCUUCCCACGGGGCCCUGGCGGGGCAGGGAUGAGUUGGGAGGAGGCAGGCGGCCUGGCACCUCACCUGCUCUGCUGCAGGGGACAGCAGAGGAAGACCAUGUGGACCUGUCGCUGUCUUGUACCCUUGUGCCUCGCUCAGGGGAGCAGGCUGAAGGGUCCCCAGGUGGACCUGGAGACUCUCAGGGUCGAAAACGGCGGCAGACCAGCAUGACAGAUUUCUACCACUCCAAACGCCGGCUGAUCUUCUCCAAGAGGAAGCCCUAAUCCGCCCACAGGAAGCCUGCAGUCCUGGAAGCGCGAGGGCCUCAAAGGCCCCCUCUACAUCUUCUGCCUUAGUCUCUCAGUUUGUGUGUCUUAAUUAUUAUUUGUGUUUUAAUUUAAACACCUCCUCAUGUACAUACCCUGGCCGCCCCCUGUCCCCCAGCCUCUGGCAUUAGAAUUAUUUAAACAAAAACUAGGCAGUUGAAUGAGAGGUUCCUAAGAGUGCUGGGCAUUUUUAUUUUAUGAAAUACUAUUUAAAGCCUCCUCAUCCCGUGUUCUCCGUUUCCUCUCUCCUGGAGGUUGGGUGGGCCGGCUUCAUGCCAGCUGCUUCCUCCUCCCCACUCGUCCGCUGGGUGGUACCCUCUGGAAGGGUGUGGCUCCCUCCCCUCGCUGUCACAGGGGGUUAUGAAAUUCAUCCCCUUUCCUGGACACUCAGACCUGAAUUCUUUUUAAUUUGAGAAGUGAACAGAUGGCACUUUGAAGGGGCCUUACUGAGUGGGGGCAUCAUCAAAAACUUUGGAGUCCCCUCAACGCCUCUAAGGUUGGGCAGGGUGACCCUGAAGUGAGCACAGCCUAGGGCUGAGCUGGGGACCUGGUACCCUCCUGGCUCUUGAUACCCCUCUCUGUCUUGUGAAGGCAGGGGGAAGGUGGGGUCCUGGAGCAGACCACCCCGCCUGCCCUCAUGGCCCCUCUGACCUGCACUGGGGAGCCCGUCUCAGUGUUGAGCCUUUUCCCUCUUUGGCUCCCCUGUACCUUUUGAGGAGCCCCAGCUACCCUUCUUCUCCAGCUGGGCUCUGCAAUUCCCCUCUGCUACUGUCCCUCCCCCUUGUCCUUUCCCUUCAGUACCCCCUCAGCUCCAGGUGGCUCUGAGGUGCCCGUCCUGCCCCCACCCCCAGCUCAAUGGACUGGAAGGAGAAGGGACACACAAGAAGAAGGGCACCCUAGUUCUACCUCAGGCAGCUCAAGCAGCGACUGCCCCCUCCUCUAGCUGUGGGGGUGAGGGUCCCAUGUGGUGGCACAGGCCCCCUUGAGUGGGUUUAUCUCUGUGUUAGGGGUAUAUGAUGGGGGAGUAGAUCUUUCUAGGAGGGAGACACUGGCCCCUCAAAUCGUCCAGUGACCUUCCUCAUCCACCCCAUCCCUCCCCAGUUCAUUGCACUUUGAUUAGCAGUGGAACAAGGAGUCAGACAUUUUAAGAUGGUGGCAGUAGAGGCUAUGGACAGGGCAUGCCACGUGGGCUUCUAUGGGGCUGGGAGUAGUUGUCUUUCCUGGCACUAACGUUGAGCCCCUGGAAGCACUGAAGUGCUUAGUGUACUUGGAGUGUUGGGGUCUGACCCCAAACACCUUCCAGCUCCUGUAACAUACUGGCCUGGACUGUUUUCUCUCGGCUCCCCAUGUGUCCUGGUUCCCCUGUCUCUCCACCUAGACUGUAAACCUCUCGAGGGCAGGGACCACACCCUGUGCUGUUCUGUGUCUUUCACAGCUCCUCCCACAAUGCUGAAUAUACAGCAGGUGCUCAAUAAAUGAUUCUUAGUGACUUUA